AGAAAGACAAAAAUGCAAAUUUUUGCAAGAGUUGUGGAGCAAGUGUGUCAGAGAAUAAAUCUUCGCCUUCGUCCUCAACUAGUCAGCAACCGCUAAGUUUUAAAGAGUACUUAGAGAAGAAGAGUGAAACCGGUGGAAGCAGUUCCAGUGGUGAUACGUCCGCGUUCAAAAAUAUUAGAAAAAGGAAGAAAAAUGAACGCUUAAGUCAGAUUGAACAGGGCUAG